AUGGAUAACAGGACAAGUAAUAUGAGUGAAGUGCCUGAGUGUAAUGUGAAUAUUGAUGAUUUUGGUAUGAUUGAUAGUAGCACAAGUAAUAUUAAUGAAGUAUCUGACUGUAAUGUCAAUUUGGAUGAGCAUACUGCAAGUGGUUUGGAGGUGGACCCAACAUUGCAUAUGUGCUUUGAUUCCAUGGAUGACGCAAAAAACUUUUACAAAAACUAUGCUAUUAGAUGUGGUUUUGCUGUCCGCACAAGAACAUCAAAAAAGGAUGACUACAACAAUGUAAUCUACCUAAGAUUGGUGUGCUCUAGGGAAGGUAAAUAUGUUUCCUCAAUCAAUCCCGAAGUUAAAACACUUCCCAGUCAAACCAACCAAUGUCCAGCUGGAAUAACGAUUUCAAAAAAGGACGACAAAUGGUUUAUAAGAACUGUUAACCUAAACCACAACCAUGAACUAUGCCCAAAUACUUCAAAGUUAAUUCCUGGCAAUAGGAAAUUGAGCAUGCAAGCUAAACGCACUUUGGAGGUCAAUGACGAAGCUGAAGUCCGGAUUAAUAAGAGUUACCUUUGUGUAAUGACCGAUGCAGGUGGAUAUGAUAGCAUGGACUUUAUUGAGCGAGAUGCUAGAAACUACAUCAGUCAACACAAAAGAUCCUUAUGUAAGGAUGGUGAUGGACAAGCACUGUUACGACACUUUUCGGCAAUGAAAGAUUUAAACAAAGAGUUCUUUUACAAAAUAGAGUUGGAUGAAGGGAAUAGAAUUUGUUCUGUUUUUUGGGCAGAUGCGAGAAGUAGAGCAGCUUGUGAAGAAUUUGGAGAUGUGGUGUGUUUCAACACAACUUAUCUAACAAAUAAGUACGAUAUGCCUUUUAUGCCGUUUGUUGGAAUAAAUCAUCAUGGCCACUCCAUAUUACUUGGUUGUGGGUUGUUAUCGUCGGAAGACACAAGGUCUUUUGUGUGGUUGUUUCAAUCAUGGUUGAGAUGCAUUAGUAAUAAGGCCCCAAAAGGGAUUAUAACUGAUCAAUGUAGGGCAAUGGCGAAUGCCAUUGAAGAAGUCUUUUCAAAUACUAGGCAUAGAUGGUGUUUAUGGCACAUAAUGAAGAAGUUGCUAGAAAAAUUUAGCGCUUAUAAAGAAUAUAAUCAUAUCAAAAGUGCUAUUAACAAGCUUGUGUAUGACUGUGGUUGUGUAGCGGAUUUUGAAAGUGGUUGGGAAGCUCUACUGAGCAGACAUGGAUUGCAUCAGAAUGAGUGGUUAUGCACUAUGUACGACGAGAGACAGAAAUGGGUGCCUUGUUUCUUAAGGAAUCAUUUUUGGGCUGGCAUGUCAAUAACUCAGAGAAGUGAGGGGAUGAAUGCGUUUUUUGAUGGAUUUAUAAAUUCAAGCACAACCCUUCAACAAUUUGUCGCACAAUAUGACAAUGCCUUAAGAGUUAAAGCCCAAAAAGAAAUCCAAGCCGAUUUUUCCUCCCUUAACACCACGGUUGGAUGUGGCAGUCAGUCACCGAUAGAGAGACAAUUUCAACAAGAGUACACACAUUCAAAGUUUGAAGAAGUUCAAAUGGAGUUUAGGUCAAGGAUGAACUGUUUCAUCAAAGAAACUUUUAAGGACAACAUCUUAAACACUUAUACAGUUAAAGAGGAGUGGAUGGGAAUCAUUUGCCGCCACUCCCUUUUGGUUUUUGGCCAGGAAGAUGUUUGUAGUGUGCCAUCAAAAUACGUCCUUCGGAGGUGGAGCAAGAAUAUCAGGAGAAGACACACUUUGAUCAGAGCAGCUUAUAUUAAUUCCAAUCUUGAACCAACCAUGCAAAGAUACCAGAGUUUGUGCAAAACAUUCUACGAAAUUGCUGAGGUUGCAUGUGAGUCUGAACCUGUUUCUAAUGAGUUGGAGAAAGAACUUCGAUUGCUUCGUCAAAAAUUUGGAUGCAGUUUAAUGAUGACAAAUAACAUUGUCAGUGACGGAGGGGAAUUGCGUUACGACAAUGCGGUUCCCAAUUUUGUACCCGAAACCGUUGGUGAAGGUGUUGAUUUACUUGUCCGUAAUCCUGUAGCAGUUAAACGGAAGGGCCGACCACACACCAAUAGGAUGAAGUCAGCUGUUGAGAAACGGACUAAAAAAGGGAAAAGUGCCUCCACUCAAAAGACUUCAAGAACAUCCGUUGAAGAAUGUGGGACAAGAUUACCUAAUGUAGGACAAACUCAGGACCACUUGCAAUUUGAGACCCAAGGGUACCAAUGCUACGAAGUAUCUCAACAAUCAAACAUGAAUCAAAGUGGAUUUAUGUCCUUGUUAAAUGCUGUGCACAACAACUUUGAUGACAACAUUGUUUGA